AUGGUGGUGGUUCCCCUCGAGGCGCUUCCCGACGACGGCCUUCCUGCGGCGGCGGCGGCGGAGGAGGAGGACGUCAUGGUGGUGGACCGCGUCGAGGCGCUUCCCGACGACGGCCUUCCUGCGGCGGUGGCCCCGGUGGAGGCAGCGGCCCCGGUGGGGGAGGACCCCAUGGUGGUGAUUCCCGACGACGCGGUUCUGCGCAUCAUCAGCUUCCUCCCGCUCGAGUCCGCCAUCCGCACGACGGUGCUCUCCAAGGAGUGGCUAAGGCUGUGGAAGGAGGAUUGGGGCCAGAAAUCCAGGCGCUACGAGAUCCGCGCCCGCUGCGCACCUUCCGUGGAGGACCUCCUCAAGAUCCUGGAGGAGGAGCGCCGCCUCGAGCGCCUCUCCGUCGUCGUCCACACCAUCAUGAAGAGCUCUCACCUGAGAGAAAUCAUCGAGAGAUCCGCCGACCGCCGCGUCGAGCAGCUCCACGUCGAGCUGACCAACCCGAAUGUUGUAGACAAGGUCAGGUUCCACUUGCCGAUCUUGAGCCGCGUGAUCGCGCUCCAGCACCUCUCGCUCCGCCAAAUCGUCGUCUCCAAGAUGCGCUUCAAGCCGCAGCAGCGCUUCAACGAGCUCUCAGAAAUCUGCUUCCACUUCGUCUCCAUCGAGAGCUACAUGCUGAGAAAUGUGAUCACGCGCUGCCCCAAUCUCCGGGUUCUGGACCUUCGCAGCUGCUUUGACCUCGACGCCGUCGCCAUCUCGCCGGGCGGGCCGAAGCUGAGCAGUCUCACCAUCGCCGGGUGCAAGCAUCUCAAUAAGGUGAACGUCGUCGGUGUAACCAGCCUCCGCUCCGUCUUCUACAGCGGCCGCUUCCUCUCGUCCUUCUACCUGCCGCGCACAAGUCGCCGCUCCUCCUUCACCGACCUGUACAUCUGCUACGAUGGCCCGAUAAUCCCCAUGGUGUUCGGAGGGAUUGGGAGUUUAGAGGAAUGGGGCUAUUAA